CCCAUUCACUUACCCAAUACCCUCUCACUCACACUCCCUCUCUCUAGUCUCUACCUCUUCAUCUUCUCCAACCUUCUUGCUCUUCAGCUUACAUCACAACAAUGGCUACUCGGGUUCUUCUUCUUCUGCUCUUCUCCUCCAUGGUCGCUCACUCCAGUGCAUCAUGGUGUGUGUGCAAAAAAGGUGGAAACGAUAAGGUGUUACAGAUGGCAAUAGACUAUGCCUGUGGAAAUGGCGCAGACUGCACCCAGACCCACCAAGGCGGCAAAUGUUACAACCCGGACACCGUCAUCGACCACUGCAACUACGCCGUCAACAGCUACUUUCAGAACAAACGUCAGGCACCGGAGGCCUGUGUCUUCAAUGGUGCAGCCAUGGUGGUCAACGUUGACCCCAGUGCUAAUGGGUGUACGUAUCCUACUUCUGCCAGUGGCAGUGGUACAACGAUGCCAGGUGGCAACACGAAAACACCAGGUUCCACCACUGUGACGGCGUCAGGCGGCAGCACAACCACUCCAUAUGGGAACAACCCAGGCAACACGGGGGUGUUAGGUGGCGGUGUUGGGACGGGUUUGGGUCCAACAGGAGGUGGUAUGAACGAUGUUAGCGGUGGUGGACGGCGGAGGAGUUUUAGUGUGUUGGUGUUCGUGGUGGGUAUUAUUAUGGUAAUGAUUUUGUGGGGUUGAUUUGAUAUUUUGAUGAGUGAGUGAGUGGGUAUGUACAAGUGGGUAAUGCAUGUAGAAAGGUACAAGUGGAUAAUGCAUGUAGAAAGGAAGAAGGCAUGCAUGUGGUUGUAGACUUGUAGUAUUGUUUUCUAUAUGGGGUUGCUUUUUUAGGUUAGGGAAAUGUGUUAUGGACAAGCUUGUAUUUUGGCUUUACUAUUCCCAUUGUCUGAUUUGGGAAACUAUUGAGGGUCUAUAUUCCUUUUUGGUGGUCA